AUGGCUCGUAUACUCAUCACGGGCUCCUCAGACGGCCUGGGCUCUCUGACCGCACGUACCCUUGUCAAAAAAGGUCAUUCCGUGGUCCUGCACGCCCGAAACGAUCAACGAGCGCAAGACGCGCGAACUGCAUGCCCAGACGCCGAGACAUGUGUCGUUGGCGACCUCUCCGAUAUUUCGCAGACGAAGAAGCUGGCGGAAGAUAUCAAUCACUUGGGAGCCUUCGACGCCGUCAUCCACAACGCCGGGCUUUACACCGGCCCUUAUCGGAAGACGAAAGAGGGGUGGCCAAGCAUUUUCGCAGUCAAUACCCUCAGCCCGUUUAUACUCACCUGCCUGAUCAACCCGAAGCCCAAACGCCUCGUGUUCGUGUCGUCUGGACUUCACAGUGGAGGAGACGCAUCGUGCAAGGACAUCACAUGGCAAGAGCGCGGCGAGCGAGGCUUCCGGGACUUUCAAGCCUACUCCGACACAAAGCUACAUGACAUACUCCUUGCGUGCUUCUUCGCCAAGAAGUGGCCCAACGUCCAAAGCAAUUCACUGGAUCCGGGCUGGGUUGCUACUAAGAUGGGGGGUGCUGGCGCUACUGGGGACAUUGACGCUGCCGUUGAUACGUAUGUCAUGCUGGCAGAAGGCUCGGGCAAGGCGAAAGGCGCAUCCGGGACGUACUGGUAUCACUGUGAGCCGAGGUCACACAAAAGAGAGGCAAAUGAAGAUGCUGUACAGCGAAAGCUGAUCAGACAACUGGAAGAACUCACCGGAGUGAGCGUACCGCAUAUUUGA